GUGACAAACCAGUGGUAGCUAGGUCAUCAAGUGAAGGUUUGGAGAGAAAGAAGAAGAAGAAGAAGAAGAAGAAGAAGAAGAAGAAGAAGAAGGAGAAGAGAUGGUGGGAGUAAUGAAAGAAGAGACACGUAAAGGACCAUGGACAGAACAAGAAGACAUGCAACUGGUAUGCUAUGUGAGCUUGUUCGGUGAACGUCGUUGGGAUUUCUUAGCAAAAGUAUCAGGUCUUAACAGGACUGGCAAGAGUUGCAGGUUAAGAUGGGUCAAUUAUCUUCAUCCUGGUCUUAAACGUGGCAGGAUGACUCCUCAUGAAGAACGUCUUGUUCUUGAGCUCCACUCUCGUUGGGGCAAUAGGUGGUCUCGCAUUGCUCGAAAGCUUCCUGGCAGAACUGAUAAUGAGAUCAAGAACUAUUGGAGGACUCAUAUGAGAAAGAAGGCUCAAGAGAGAAGAAGGAAUGGGAUAAUGUUAUCUCCAACAUCAUCAAAAACAUCAUCAACAUCAUCAUCAUCAUCAUCAUCAUCAUCAUCAUCAACAACAUCUUCUUGUUGUUCUUCUUGUUUGACUACACCUCCAUUAAAGAGCACUCAAGCUAGUGGAGGAGAAGAGAUGAUGAAGAAAGAGUGCAGUUUAGAUGAGUUUUGGAAGGAGAUUGCUAGUACUUCAGAGGCUGUUAAUGGACUUAGCUUUGAGGAUUGCAAGGAUGAGGUUUAUGGUAAUAUAUGUUGUUACCCUCCAAUACCUUCUCCUGUCUGUGAGUACUAUUCAUUGUGGAAGAUUGAUGAAGAAGAGCUUAGGAUGUUUCCUCCCAUGGGUGGUCCUCCUUCUCACUUAACCAACAUGAACUAGAUUAUAUAUAUAUAUAUAUAUAUAUAUCUAAUAUUUAUUAGAGACUAUGCAUGCAUCAUGCAUGCAUGCAUGAAUCUAUAUGUAUCUUAUAAUUGAGUAUCUUGUUACUUGUUCUAAUCUUGUUCAUAGUUGUGGUUUAA